UAUAAACGUCUGUCUUAGAACUGCUUUUGCGGCAUCUCAUAAGUUUUGAAUUCAUUAAAAGAGCCAGUAAAUCCUGUGGAAAAUGGCAUUCAGUGAUCUUACAUCAAGGACUGUGCGUCUUUACGAUAAUUGGAUCAAAGAUGCUGAUCCAAGAGUCGAAGAUUGGCUCCUCAUGUCCUCACCUCUGCCACAAACCAUCCUCCUGGGAGUCUAUGUCUGUUUUGUCACUUCUCUGGGACCAAAGCUCAUGGAGAAUCGAAAGCCCUUUGAACUCAAGAAAGUGAUGAUAACGUACAAUUUUUUCAUAGUACUCUUUUCUGUGUAUAUGUGUUAUGAGUUUGUGAUGUCUGGCUGGGGUACAGGUUAUUCAUUUCGAUGUGAAAUUGUUGACUAUUCCCGGUCUCCCACAGCUUUGAGGAUGGCACGCACCUGCUGGCUUUAUUACUUCUCCAAAUUUAUUGAGCUAUUAGAUACUGUCUUUUUUGUUCUGCGUAAGAAAAAUACCCAAGUGACUUUCCUUCAUGUCUUCCAUCACACCAUCAUGCCGUGGACCUGGUGGUUUGGAGUCAAAUUUGCUGCAGGUGGUUUGGGAACAUUCCAUGCCUUCCUAAAUACAGCUGUACAUGUAGUCAUGUAUUUCUACUAUGGACUGUGUGCACUGGGACCAGCCUACCAGAAGUAUUUGUGGUGGAAAAAAUAUUUGACAUCAUUACAACUUGUGCAGUUUAUUAUUGUCACCAUCCACAUAGGUCAGUUCUUUUUCAUGGAGGAUUGCAAGUACCAGUUUCCAGUCUUUUUGUACGUCAUUAUGAGCUAUGGGUGUAUCUUUCUGCUGCUCUUUCUCCAUUUUUGGUACCGUGCUUAUACCAAAGGUCAGAGGCUGCCCAAAACUGUGAAAAAUGGAAACUGCAAAAACAAAGAUCACUGAAACAUAAGCACGGCAUAAGUCUAUGAUGAAACUGUUAUCUUGUCUUCCUUGACAAUCAAAACAUAUUUACCUAUGCAGUGUAUUUUGUAUAUUUUUCAAAACUAAGAGCUUGUAUUUUUUAUAAGUUAUUGAGAGUUCUGAUAUUUGAGAGCCCAGUGCUCCCAGAUAGCAGUCUUCCGAUAAUUAGAGCCUCGAGCAGCCCGAAGAUUUUUAGCUGCUUUUAAACCUAAUCCAAAGGUUUUGUUUAAUAUAUUUUGUUACAGUGAAAGGCAUAUGUGAAGCAAUGCAGUACUCUUCAAGGAAGUUCGAUAUAGAUGAAAAAUAUCAUUAGAUAUUUUGAGCACGGACAGAGAUCCAUGCAGUACAAUAGAUUCCUUUUGCCAGGUCUGGAAACCUCUAACUGUGGUCUCUGGCCUUAUUGUUUGUUGAUUAUAUGCACAAGAUACUCUGUUCACUCUAGAGUUGAAUUCCAAUGCUAAAGAGCUAACAUGGGUGAAUGUUUAAAUGAUAAGUUGUCAUUUAAAAUCACUAAUGAUAAUUUUUAAUAGAUCUUUUGAGUAACUGCCACUAGUUCUGCUGAUAAGACUUCCUCACAGCACUUUUGUUGAACAAACUGUUUCAAAAUAAUAAUUCCUUUGGAUUAGUACACUGAUGCACUUGAUACUAAGGUUUAGUUAGUAUUAUUUUGAAAAUAAGAUGAUUUAUUUUGUUGAGUUAAUGAAUACUUUGCUCUUACUAUUUUGCAGUUAACUUUGUAUAUCUCUGGAAAGAGGUGAAUUUGUCAGUGAAUAAAGUACUGUAUAGUUCAGUGGGAAAAAUCUAUUGUCUGUUGUAUUAUGUCACUCUCUUAUAUUGUCAUGGU